AUGAGCCUAUCUCAUAAGCCGUUGAGGCAACUCUCGGUUUCCAAUGAAGAUCUUCCCAAUGGGGCCAAUAAUGGGAAGGCGAGUGGCCCAAGGGCAAGUGGUCAGAAUACCAAUUCUAAAGGAAGACAGUCAAGCCAUUCAGAGUCACACACAACGUUCACUGGAACAAGCUCUAAUUCAAGUAACCACAGUGAGAAAGAUCCAGCUAUAGACAGUAGAUGGACAUUACCUCGAAUGAAGAGCUAUGACAGGGCAGUCUUUGAUAUGCUACGAGUCCAACCAGAGGAGUUUGCAACUCAAAUCACCUUAUUGGAUUUACCAGCAUUCAAAGCAAUCACAUCAGAGGAGCUUAGUAGUUGUGCAUGGUCGGGAAAGUCCAAGAAUAAUAUUUGUCCAAACAUUGUUGCCUUCACAAAAAGAUUUAAUCAGGUGAGUUUCUGGGUUGUCCAUGAAGUCCUCAUCACUCAAAUGGCUAAGGCUAGGGCAGAGGUCAUAGGUCAUUUCAUCAAAGUAGCUAAGAAACUGUUUGAUAUCAACAAUCUUCAUGCUACCAUGGCGAUCAUCUCGGCAUUACAUAGUGCAUCGAUCUUUAGGUUAACCAAAACAUGGAAUCUUGUUCAUAAAAAGGAGAAAUCAACGUGUGAAAAGCUUUCUGAGCUGAUGUCAGAAGAUGACAAUAGACAAAAGUUAAGAGAAUACAUUGACACAGUCAGAUUACCUUGUAUACCAUACCUUGGAAUGUAUCUACAAGAUCUAAUCUACAUUGAUGUGGCACAUCCGAGUACAGGUGGUAUUGAAAGUAACAGUAGAACGACUAAAAUGAACAACAUCUUGAGAGUAAUAUCCGAGUUCCAACAGUCACAGUACGAUUAUGAAAACUUGCCAUAUGUCCAGAAGUACCUUCUUUCAGUACGGUAUAUUGAAGAGCUACAGAAGUUUGUGGAGGAGGACAACUACAAACUUUCAUUACAACUGGAACCAACAGUGCAAUCUAAAUCAAAGGAUGACCUUGACCAAACAGAAGUCCAGACGGUAUCCCUUUUUUGUACUCCUCCUGUUCUCAAUAUAUCUAAUUCAUCAGACAGUGGAGGAGGAGGAGGCACAAAGACAAGCUCAAUAGGCAAAUCUAAUCCAUCCACACCCGUCAUCUCAUCAAAGUUUGUUCCCGGCCAUCGGAAAACAAAAAGCUUAGGUGCAAAUGUUCCAAACCACUUAGCACCUGCAGAACCUCUAAGCUUUCCUAACACAAAUUUUGGUAACGGUCCAAGGCAUCUCUUAGAUGAUAGUCUACUAGAAGAGACAACGUCAUCAAUCAGACCCUCAAUAUCAAGCUCAAUAGAAGGAAGCAGUGAAGGGUCAGAGUUCAGUGAUGACCAAGAUGUCUGGUUAAACAAUGGGAGUGUAACAGAAAGCUGUGAGGAUCUAGUAUCAAGUAUCAGUGAUAUCCCUCAGAACUUAUUUACAUUAAAUGCUUGCCUCAAGAGGAAACCGAUAAGGAAAGCGGGACGUAAGCUGUCGGUUACAUCGUGGACGAGAUUCUGGGUAGGGCUGUGGGGAACCAACCUAGUCCAUUAUGCAGCCAAGUCCUUUAACUCAAUAGAGAGAGCACAUUUCAAAUCCAAGCCUUGUAAAGUGUUUUCCAUCUCUGACUGGAUGGUUUCGAUGCCUGACACCAAACACAAUAAUGUUAUCUUAUUAACAGAUCCCAAUACAGGUAACAGCUACAAAUACAAAGCACAGAGUUAUUCAGUAGCUUGUGCAUGGGUCAGGAAUCUAGAUGAAGCUACAAAGAAGAAAAGAGGGCCAAAGACUCCUGCCAACUUAAUGAGCUUUGAGUGACACUUGUUAACAUGACUAAUCUACGACGUCAAAAGCAACGAUCGUCAUGACAACCUAUGGUGCUUCCAAUUGUCUGCCAUGGUACU